AUGGCUAGUCGACCCAGCACAGGUCAAAGGAAAAGCGCUUUGCAGAAGGACAGUACAACAGAAGCUGGUGAGAAGCCUGCUGAUUUUGUAGCUUUAAUUGCUAAGCAAAGUUUGCCAAGAAGCCGCCAUAUGCAUUUUGAGCGUCUUGUUGCAUCAACCGCAAUUAAUAGUUCAAAUACGGCAACAUUCCUUGCUCAAGUUAACAAAAACCGUGUUCCGGUUCCUUUAUUUGAGAAGAAGCGUGUAAAAUUGAGCACAAAAGCAACUGAAGAUACUGACUAUUUACCUGCAACGUAUGCAAGUUUUAAUCGUGAAGAUUAUAUUAUCAUCCAAGCGCCAACUAAAGAAACUGUAGUUGAUUUUUGGCGAAUGGUCUGGCAGGAUGGCUGUAAAUUGAUCGUUUGUGUUGUGGAGAAAUCUCAGAUGACGAUGCAGAAUGACACAGAAAAGUGCUAUCAGUACUGGCCAACAAAACCGGAUGCAAAGAUGGAGAUUGGUGUAAUAAUAUUUCAUAUAACUAACUGGUCAAAUGGUAUAUGGCCAGAUCUGGACCAACUGGGACCAUUUAUUAAAACACUCACAAGUAAGGAGAUACAAAUCAUUAAACGAGCAGCCGAUGAUUACAUUCCACCAGUUGUGCUUCAAGGUUUUGCUGGCCUAAACAGAACAUGUGUUGUAUGGGUAGCAACCAUAUUGAUGAAGCAGAUUGAACGUCGUGAAUGCUUCGACGUGGAAUAUUUGGCGAGGCAUUUGGUGCGCAUUCGACCGGGGGCAUUUUCCGAUCCAAUGUCAUUUUUUGUCCUCUUCGGACUUGCUUUUCGUAUUGCUUCAUUGGGUGGUUGGAGUGCUUAUGAGGAUACAAAGGAUCGCAUUAAAGAAAUAAAAGCAAGCGCAUUGGUGACAGUGAAAGCAAGGGAAAAGCAAUAA